AAGGAGCAGCAGCAGUAGCAGCAGUAUCUCUUGGGGUCGCACUCGGGAAUAUCUGCAUCAUGUCUAUACGCAUUACCAUGGGCAAUACGACUGGUUCCUCAUGGUGACCGACGAGACCUAUGUGAUCAUGGAGAAUCUGCAACAUUUGCUGAUCGACUACUCGCCCGAACUCCCCAUCUACUUUGACAGCUUUACUUAUACGCAAAAGGAAAAUCAUACGAGAGGUGGCUCAGGUGGGAAUUUGUUUAGCAGAGAGGCGCUGCAUCGAUUUGUGACUCUGGGCCAUGGUAAUAGCACCAUUUGCAGCAGUCACAAUUAUGGCCUUAAGCAUGUGGAGAUUGCGCGCUGCUUUCGAAAUGUGGGCGUGGCUCUUGGCAGCAGCAGCGAUGCGCACGGACUGCCGCUGUUCGUGAACAAACUUGUGAAUAUUACACUCGGCUGCUGCUCAAAGUCGGCCAUAACAUUUAACUGUGUGACUAUUAAAUGUUUUUAUGUCAUGGAAUACAUGGUUUAUAAAAUACGUCCGUUUGGCUUGAGUUGAACGUAUGGAAAUUUUGGAAAUGGU